UUUUCUCACAAAUCUUAAUGUUUUUCCAAACUGAAAAAGAAAUUGCAUCUCUUCUGCCUCACUCUUUGUCUCACUUAUUAACUCACACAUUGUUCUCUAUUAGCAAAAAGUGUGUUAAGUCUUACCUUUCCGCUCUCACCGUCUCUUCUCUCUUUGUUGAGUGUGUCCGUCUCUCUCCUGUCGUUCUUCACUCCUCUCACUGACGUGUGUGUGUGUGUGUGUGUGUGUGUCCCAGGUGAUGUUUGACUUUCGCGGCAACAACAAGACGGAGUUGAACCUGAAGAGGGGAGAGGUGAUCUUUCUGCUGCAACGAGUCAACGCAGACUGGCUGGAGGGCACAGUGAACAAUCAAACAGGUAUUUUCCCACAAUCUUUUGUGAAGAUCAUCAAGCCCCUCCCAGAGAGUGACCCAGAAGUUGAGGGUGAAGGCAACACCUACAGCUGUCUGCGCUGCUUCCUGCUCACCCAAUCUGGAGUCGACACCAGAGAUGUGUGUGUGCAAGAGGACCUCACUAUCCAGCCGACGUACAAGGAUCUACUGUCUCGUAUGAGGAACAUCUUCAAGAAGGACGACAUCGCCCUGAACUACCGCGACCCCGACGGCGACCUCAUCCGUAUCCUCGAUGACGAGGACAUCCGGCUGAUGAUCAAGGAGAGCAGAGGUCAGCAGGACAAAGUCAAGAGACCUGUCAAUCAGUUUCCAUGGGAACUGUACGUGACUUUGGCCUCUGACCUUUCUGUUUAUAAAACUGAGGCCUGAGAGAUUUUAACUUAAGGGAAGUAGAAAAGAUAUUUAUCAGUGAACUUCACCAAGUAAAUAUUGUUUCUUUUA